CUUGGGAAGGCUUACAAAAGUUGCGUUUUGGAGUGAAACGGUAAAACCCCCAAUGUGGCAUUUAGAUUAGACUGAAACGUGGUGCUUCUCUGCUCUAAAACCCUACUUGCUCUGCAACCCCACCACCCCCAGAAGAUCAUUGAAAAACCUAAUGGCAUCAAAAACCCAAGACGAAUCUGACGUCGGAAUCUUCUGCUACAUCUCAAAGCUCCCUGGCUUUCGUGGCAUUCUCAAGCAAAGGUAUUCUGAUUUUAUUGUAAAUGAAGUAGAUAUGGAAGGAAAGGUUGUUCAUUUGACCUCCUUGGAUGCCCCGCCAGAGAUUGGUGAGGAAACUGUGACGAUGAUAGAUGAUACAGCUAGUAAUAAAAGUUAUGCUUCUGGAAUUGAUAAGUUUAGAUCCCUAGCUGGUGAUGCUGAUGCCAAGCGUUUGGAAGAUUUUAUUAGUCAAAUUAAUUCUGGUGUUGAAGACAGCAUGCUGCCAAUUAUUCUUUCCCCAGAUCCUGAUAAAUCUCACCGAACGGCAGUGCAUAAUUUUUUUAAGCAGAACUUCAAAUUCCUUGUCACUGACGUGGUUGAUGGACCAGAUGCCUCAUCAAAAUGUAUUCGUGUGAGAUUAAAUAAUGGGGGUCAUAACAACAAAGGCAGGAACUCCAAGAAACGGAAAGAAAGAGGUGAUAAGCCCUUUGAUAGCAGAGGUUCAGAAAAUUGGGCAGAAAAUGUUGGCAAGUUCCUCAGAUUUCAUCUGUACAAGGAGAACAAAGAGACACAGGAGGCCUUAGGACUGAUGGGAAAGAUGCUUGGCAUCCAGCCAAGGUCAUUCGGGUUUGCGGGUACGAAGGAUAAGCGCUCAAUCUCAACUCAAAGGGUAACUGUUUUCAAGCAGCGUGCGGCUAAAUUAGCUGCUCUUAAUGAAAGGCUGAUUGGUAUCAAAGUCAGUGACUUCUGCUAUGUCAAGGAAGGACUUCUUCUUGGCCAGCUCAUGGGAAACAGAUUUACAGUCACAUUGCGAGGGGUUGUUGCAGAUUCUGAAGAUAGCAUCAAAGCAUCUGCAGAUGCCUUGGGGAGGCUUGGGUUUAUUAACUACUUUGGUUUACAACGUUUUGGAAGUGGUUCCGUGCCAACUCACCUGAUUGGAGCUACAUUACUUCGAGGAGAGUGGGAGACUGCUGUAAGCUUGAUUCUUGAUCCAAGAGAAGGGGAAAGAGAUGCAAUAGCGAAGGCACGGGAAUAUUACAAGGAAAGUAAUGAUAUCGAAGGGACUCUGAGGCAGUUACCUCGACAUCUGGUUGCUGAAAGGGCUGUGCUGCAGUGCUUGAAGAAAUGUCCUGGGAACUACUUGCAGGCUCUGAAAUCUAUACCUAGGACAUUGAGAAUGAUGUAUGUACAUAGUUACCAAAGCUAUUUGUGGAACCAUGCAGCAAGCAUGAGAGUGCAAAAAUGUGGAGCUGACCAAGUUGUGUUGGGAGACUUGGUAUAUUGUAAAGGAGAUGAUACUGAAACGGUGACAGGAUGUGUCAAUUCUGAAUGUGAAGAUGACAAAUGCAAUGAUGCAUAUGAUUCUAAUAAUCUAGAUGAAAUUGCUGGAGCAGAUGUUCCAGAAGAAAGAAACAAUAGUGUGAAGGUUGUAACAGCAGAAGAUAUCCUUACUGGAAAUUAUACAAUUGAUGAUGUUGUACUCCCUUUGCCUGGUUCAAGGGUAAUUUAUCCAGCUAACGACAUUGCCAAUGUCUAUCAUGAUUUGGCCAAAAAGGACGUAAUCAGCGUGACGGAGAGUGUACAUACUAUCAAGGAAUUCUCAAUAACUGAUAUGACUGGAAGUUAUAGGCGGGUUUUUCAAAGGCCAAUUGACUUUGAUUGGGAAUUACUCACAUAUACUGAUGGUAAUAUACCAUUAGUAGAGACGGAUCUGGACAAAAUUGCAAAGUCUAAACCUGUGAAGAUAGUCAGAGCGGAGGGCCCUGCCAAUGGAAAUGAGGACAGCAAUCUGUUGGAUUGUACAAAACAAUCAGAGAAUGUUGAAAAUGACAUAAAGCUUCAAUCAGAUGAAAAUGAAGCGGAGGGUGAGAGAGAUGCCCAGCUCGCUCUCAAGUUGAGCUUUACCCUCCCAGCUUCCUGUUAUGCAACGAUGGCCAUAAGAGAGCUUCUCAAGACUUCAACAUCUGUUGCGUUUCACAAAACGUUAAACUAGCGAGCUCGAUGCUACCCGGUUUACAGGCAUCCAAGAUAUCCCAAAUAAAAUAAUAUCUCUCGCGAGAUAUUUAGGGCAAUUGCAUUUCAAUUAUUUCCUUUUGAAUAAUUAAUGGCAAGUUAGCAAGGUGAUUUGCAAGGGAUAUUUUCCAUGUAAGGGUUUAUCAUCUUGUAAAGGUUUCUCUAUAAGAUCCUAUGUUUCUUGAAUAAUAGCAUCAUGUAAUAUUUCAUUCAAAAAAUAUGUUUUCAUCCUGUGUUACAAUUA